AUGGGUGAUAAUAAGUUAUCAGUCGCCGCCAAAUCGCCAUCCCCGUCCUCAAAAAUGUCGGAUUGCAGGCGCAGCGCAGACGCAAAUAUCGAAGUCCCCAAAACCCCACAAACCCGCCUCCCCAUAAAAACCUACCAUUGCACAUUCUGCAACCACCUCCUCCUUACCUCAACCCGCGAUCUCUCCGUCUUACCCCGCCGUCGCGAGCCGGCGCGUGACCGGGCGUUGAUAUUGCCACUUCCAAAAACCGGAGUGGGAGAGGAGGAAGAAGAGGAUGAGGAUGAGGAGGACGCGGACGAGGACGAGGAGUCCGAAGAUGAAAACGGGUGUGAAGCUACAGAAGAAGCUGUGGGCAACGACAGCAGCAAUACACAACAAGGCACUGGUGAACCAACAGCAAAAAGUAAGGUGAAGAAGAGAACUAAACUGGGCUCAACACAAAAACAGCCGGAACAGCAGCAACAGCAUUACACCAUCCUCCUCUCCACAACGAUACCAGACCGCAAACCAAUCAUCAUCCGACGCGAAGAUGGAUUUGAGAAGCGGCUAAUGCUGCGCUGUGGGCGGUGUCGGGUUGUGAUGGGGUAUGCGCUGGACGAAGUCCAUUUUCCGGAUCAUAACGUCGGGGCUGGGGCUGGGGCUGCUGGGAAAGAUGGCGGAGAUGGGAAAAUGGGGGAUGGAGAGAAUGAUGGAGAUGAUAAGGUGGAGAAAGCGCGGGAGAUAAGGAGAAAGAAGGCGGAGGAGGUUGUUUAUAUUUUACCCGGUGCGUUGGUGGAGACGGGAGAGAUGGGGAAAGGGGCUAUUAAGGUUGAGACGGAGGAGUGGGCAAACUGGGAGAAAGGGGCAAAGUAA